UUUAGUUCAAGGUCACAUACGACUUUAUAAAUCCUAAUAUUUAUCAUGUUGAUAUCGGCUACUUGGCGAAGAUGUUAAUGAUGUACUAAUAGUUCGUUCCAUCUUUUUUCCAUAUCACUUCACUAUAGGUUAGCCUGGUCUAGCAAGUUUUCAAGAAACCGACACAAUCUCUUACCAGCCACCUUAUACAACAUGGCAGCCAGAAUGGAUGAAGAUCAUCAGCCCAGGUCGACGCACACAGGUCUCCUCAACCAAGUCAAAAGUCUUCAGUGUCCUAUCUGCUACAAGCUUAUGACGAAACCGAAGAUGCUUCCGUGCGGACAUACGUUCUGCCUUGAUUGCCUCUCAAAGAUCAUGAAAGAGGGGAAAAUCAUGUGUGCAUUUUGUCGAGUUGUCGCUGAUGUUUCUGAGGGCGAUGCAAACAAACUGCCAACAAAUCUUGCAUUUAAAUCGGUAGUAGAAGAAGUUGCGAAUCCAGAUGGACGAUGUGAUGUUUGUGACACUGUAGGUAAAGAAGAUAGAAUAUCAUAUUGUAAUGAUUGUAAUAUUUAUAUAUGUACUGAGUGUCUCCCUAGUCAUACAUCUGAAAAGAAAGACAGACAUUUCAUUAAGAAGAAGAGGAGAUCAAGAAACAUGUCUAGUCUGAAAAUUGGACGAGAGCCUUGUCCAACACAUACAGGAAAAUUAUGCAUCGAAAUUUGUGUAACAUGUAAAGUGUUAGUUUGUAAAGAAUGUAUAACUAAAAAACAUCAAGAUCAUGAACUACAGGGCUUUGUCGAGUAUGCAACUUAUUCAUACGCCUCUGCAACUCCUUUAAAACAAGAAAUAAGAGAACAAAAAAAUAAAUCAGAUUCAUAUAUUCUACAAGUACAGUAUCAUGAACAGAAAACAUCCCGUCACAUCACAUCACUUAUGUCACAGAUCGAACAAGAAUACGAUGCCUCUAUAAAGCGAUUGGAAGAAAGAAAAAGGUCAAAAAUUCAAGCUUGUGCAGCUCUGCGAGAAAGUAUGCGUCGACUGUGCGAUGACUUGCUACUUGAUAUCGAACAGUGCAACACGUCAUUAGAUCAAAUACAUCAUAAAAUACAGAGUGUUAUAGAUUCUCCUUUCAAGGAUAUGUGUGCUCAUAGUUCGAAACUGGAGUCAUCAUACUCAGAACUAGUUCCAAUCAAAGAAAAACUAAACUCUAUCAGAAAGGAGUGUGUAAACAUGCCAAAUAAAGCCAAAUACGGGAACAAAUUAGAUUUCCAUAAGAACAGUGAAUACAUAAAUUAG